CCGCUCCGCCUCCGCCGGGCCAUGGCCGCGCUGGCCCGCACCCUCGGCAUCUUCGGCGCCUUCGUGGCCGUGGUGGGAGCCGCCUUCUACCCCAUUUAUUUCCGGCCGCUGCUGCUGCCGGAGGAGUACAAGAAAGAACAGUCAAUAAACCGAGCUGGUAUUGUUCAAGAGGAUAUUCAGCCUGCAGGGUUAAAAGUGUGGUCGGAUCCAUUUGGAAGAAAGUAACUGGCAGCUGGAUGUAUUGCAAAACUGAAGAUGGAUGUCUUCAGCUGCGCUUCUCUCACUGAAGUGUGUUUUUAGGUGUAACUGGAGCAGAAUUCUGAAUAUGCUGUGUGGGCACUUGAGGAGCAACAAAGGCUACUGGUUGGAAUCCCAAGAGAUUAAAGCAUGCUAGUUUUGAGAGAGAAUGCUGUUGCAUAGCUCACAGGCUGUUAGAAAGCUGGAUGAUUACUGAGUAUAGAAAUGAAAUAUUUAUUUCCUUGAAAAAAGGGGAAAGGAUUUUCUUCUAAUCUGUACACUUGUAAAUUAUGGAUAAUAAAUCAUGCAGACUGCUGCAAUUUCCUCCCUAGUUUGAAAGUUACAAUAUGGUGAGUGUAAAUUUGUACAUUAAAAAAUUUAAACCAC